AUGGUUCAUAAAUCAAAUACAGAUGAAAAACUCUCGACAAUUGUUGAUAGAAAUGAUGGAAGAAGAAAAUCACUUAUUCUUGAUGAUGACUACAAUAAGAAAGAACCAUUGCAAGGUUUAGACAAUCAAUACGUAAGUGCGGUCAAACUGCGCAAUUUAAAGGCAUCUGAGAAUACCAGCAAUAUAUCUGAUACGGAUUCAAAAUCAAGUCUCUCUGAAACCACAAUUCAUAUAUCUGGAGAUGAGCACAUCAAUGUCGAACCUCUAAUGAAGAAAUUAGAUCAGAUUCAUAAUGCUGCUCCUACAAGACUAAGGAGAAGGAAGAGCAAAGUGAAGGGAUCAGUGGAAAAGAAACCUACUACAAAUAAAAGUGAAGAGAAAUUCAGAUCUGGAUUCGGGGAUAUCAAAUUCUACUCUGUGCUGUCUACUAUUUUCGAUUCAAGCUAUUUCAAAAAUUCGGAAUUCUUCGGAAUAUACGUGCUUUUCUGGCUUGGUACUGCCUUCCUUAUGAUGAACAACAUUGCUCAUUCGUACUUUGAGAGCAGCGAGGAUUUCUUCCAAACUGCUGUUAUGAGGACAUUGAGGAAAGAUUUAGUGAAAAUUGGUCUUACUGAUCUAGCAAUGUACCUUGGCACAUAUUUUGCCUUUUUUCUUCAAUUUGCAUGCUUAAAGGGUUGGAUUGUAUGGGACUCAAGUGGUUGGAUAAUUCAAGCUGUCUACGAUUUUCUUCAUGGUGCUUUCUGGCUUUAUUUUGCUUCAGAGAAAUGUAUGUCUUACCCAUGGAUAGGUAAGGUAUUUUUAGUGCUACAUAAUCUUGUCUUUAUUAUGAAGAUGCAUUCUUACGCAUUUUACAAUGGCUAUCUAUGGCAGAUAUUAAGAGAAUUGGAGUUCUCAGAAAACUACUUAGCAAGGUUGAAUAGUGGUCUGGUUCAAUUGCCAGAAAAAUAUGAUUUGGAAAGAACGAAAAGUAUUUUAGAUGGGAGUGUUCUCUUUUGUAAGUUUGAAUUAGAAUAUCAAUCAAAUGCAACUACCAUGUCGCAUGAGUCCCCAAUUGAAUCUUUCGAUUUAGAAAAUGAUAUCCAUGACUUGCAAGAAAAGAAUAUAGUUAAAUUUCCUCAGAAUAUUAAUUUGUUUAAUUUCUUUGAGUACUCUAUGUUCCCAACCUUAGUCUACACGUUGAAUUUCCCACGGACCCGUCGGAUCAGAUGGCUGUAUGUAUUAGAAAAGACCUGUGGUGUUUUCGGUAUUAUUUUUCUUAUGAUUUUGGUGGCUCAAAACUGGAUGUACCCUAUUAUUCAACGUGCAAUUGCCUUGCAAGAUCUACCUACAGCAGAUAAAUGGAGAGGGUGUAUGUUCAUUUUACUUGAUAUGAUUCCUCCUUUUCUCAUGGAAUAUCUUUUCACUUUCUUUUUGAUUUGGGAUGCAAUUCUAAAUGUUAUUGCUGAGUUGAGUCGAUUUGCAGAUCGAGAUUUCUAUGGACCUUGGUGGUCAUGUUCCGACUGGUCAGAAUAUGCUAGAAUAUGGAAUCGUCCUGUUCAUAAAUUCUUGCUCAGACAUGUCUAUCAUUCUUCGAUUAGUGUGCUCAAGCUCAAUAGUCUGAAUGCUAUCCUAGGAACAUUUAUUCUAUCCAGCUUAGUACAUGAAUUGGUCAUGUUUGUGAUUUUCAACCGAUUAAGAGGUUAUUUAUUGUUGAUGCAAAUGUCUCAGCUUCCUUUAGUAGCUUUUAGUAACACCAAAUUUAUGAAAAAUAAAAAAGUAUUGGGUAACGUUAUGUGCUGGUUCGGAUUCAUUUCGGUUCCAAGUAUGAUCUGCACAUUCUAUUUAAUAUUUUAA